AUGAAACUCCUGCUCCUCCUUCCCGCCCUUGUGGCGCUCGCUAGUGCCAAGUCUGUCCAGAAGCGCAACGCUUACGGAGACGAGCAGGUUGCUCCUGCCCCAGGACCAGCUCCAGUUGCUCCCGCUCCUGAGCAACCGCAAACUGCGGCCCCGUCCAGCCUCCAGCACCCGCUCAACCCUCAGGAUACAGAGCUAAGCGCAACGCCUAUGGGGAUGAGCAGGUUGUUCCAGCUCCUGCUGCUCCAGCUCCAGGACCUCCAGCCACCUAAUCUUGAGCAACAGCAAAUUGUCGUCGACCAACCACACCCAGCUCCUGACUGCGCCCCAGCACCCGCUCAGCCCUCAGGAUACAGAGCUAAGCGCAACGCUUACGGAGACGAACAGGUCGCCCCUGCCCCAGGACCAGCUCCAGUUGCUCCCGCACCUGAGCAACCACAAGUUGUUGUCGAUCAACCACAUCCAGCUCCAGACUGCGGCUCAGCCCAGCCAGCACCAGCUCAACCUUCAGGAUACAGAGCUAAGCGCAACGCUUACGGAGACGAGCAGGUCGCCCCUGCCCCAGGACCAGCUCCAGUUGCUCCCGCACCUGAGCAACCACAAGUUGUUGUCGAUCAACCACAGCCCGCUCCAGACUGCGGCUCAGCCCAGCCAGCACCAGCUCAACCUUCAGGAUACAGAGCUAAGCGCAACGCUUACGGAGACGAGCAGGUCGCCCCUGCCCCAGGACCAGCUCCAGUUGCUCCCGCACCUGAGCAACCACAAGUUGUUGUCGAUCAACCACAGCCCGCUCCAGACUGCGGCUCAGCCCAGCCAGCACCAGCUCAACCUUCAGGAUACAGAGCUAAGCGCAACGCUUACGGAGACGAGCAGGUCGCCCCUGCCCCAGGACCAGCUCCAGUUGCUCCCGCACCUGAGCAACCACAAGUUGUUGUCGAUCAACCACAGCCAGCUCCAGACUGCGGCUCAGCCCAGCCAGCACCAGCUCAACCUUCAGGAUACAGAGCUAAGCGCAACGCUUACGGAGACGAGCAGGUCGCCCCUGCCCCAGGACCAGCUCCAGUUGCUCCCGCACCUGAGCAACCACAAGUUGUUGUCGAUCAACCACAGCCAGCUCCAGACUGCGGCUCAGCCCAGCCAGCACCAGCUCAACCUUCAGGAUACAGAGCUAAGCGCAACGCUUACGGAGACGAGCAGGUCGCCCCUGCCCCAGGACCAGCUCCAGUUGCUCCCGCACCUGAGCAACCACAAGUUGUUGUCGAUCAACCACAGCCCGCUCCAGACUGCGGCUCAGCCCAGCCAGCACCAGCUCAACCUUCAGGAUACAGAGCUAAGCGCAACGCUUACGGAGACGAGCAGGUCGCCCCUGCCCCAGGACCAGCUCCAGUUGCUCCCGCACCUGAGCAACCACAACCACAUCCAGCUCCAGACUGCGGCUCAGCCCAGCCAGCACCAGCUCAACCUUCAGGAUACAGAGCUAAGCGCAACGCUUACGGAGACGAGCAGGUCGCCCCUGCCCCAGGACCAGCUCCAGUUGCUCCCGCACCUGAGCAACCACAAGUUGUUGUCGAUCAACCACAGCCAGCUCCAGACUGCGGCCCAGUCCAGCCCCCAGCACCCGCUCAACCCUCAGGAUAUUAA